AUUGAUCAGUUUCCUUAUCCAGCUGAACGUUGAAUGCUUGCUCGCUGACAGUCAAAGCACACAGUUAGCUACAAUCUCUUAGCUGUACAUAAGUAGCUCUUUUGUAAGUUAGCUUGCUGAAGUGUAAGAGUUGUUAAGGAUGAAGUUUGGUGGAUUGUUAGUGCUCCAACUAUGGGCCGCUCUGUGCCAGGAGUGCAGCUGCAGCCAGCAGUCAGGGUCUGUCUCGAGCCAACCUUUCCCAACAACAACUAUUUCUACCGGGGCAACCAGCAGCAUGAUACUUCUACAACCAUCAGAGGACAGUAGUUCAGUCAUAGAAGCUCCUACUACUGCCACAGUUUCGUUUUCACCUCUGGCAGUCUCCCCUUCCUCUUCAAUGGCCCCUUCAACCACACCCAACACAAACACGGUCCUACCCCAAACAUCUGCCAGCAUCUCAACAAGUGAAUUUCUCAUUGCACCGACAACUUCAAUCUCACUGGAUUCCAUGGUGCUAAUGACCGAGACCUUGGUGGUUACACCCACCAGCUCUCCCCCGGCACCUGAAGAUCCCUCCACAGAAGCCCCCACUACUUCAUUCAUUGACUUUGUGAGGGAUCAUUCCGAUGGUUUCGGAAUAGUU